GUUCCGGGUAGGGUUGCAGGUGGUGAAGUUUCCAUCUGGACCUUGCUGAAAUACAGGCUGGACUCAGACCUUGCCCCUGGACCCGGAGGUUACUCCUCUCCAGCUGGGGUCCGGGCCCUGACAUGGUGGCCAGAGCCAGAGAGGAUCCAGAGAAGAUUCCUCCCAUAGCCAGGACAAAGGUACCCAGGAAGAUCCUGUUGGCUGCCCUAUCUGUAGCUCCUCCCAGACCUCUGCUCGCUGCCCCUCAAAGAGGUUGAAGCCUUCUACGACUAGCAGCUGCACAGCCAGAAACUCAGCAGGAGCAUGACCGGAGCAAUGGAGCUCUGGCAUGGCAUAGUGAUUGCAGUGCUGUCCCUUGUCCUCCAGGCCUGCCUCCUCACUGUGGCUGGUUACCUACUCAGCCUGCGCAUAGGCCGGCAGAAUGAACGGAUGCUCAAAGAAGCCAGGCUGCAGGCCCAAGGGCCUGGCCCUGCACCCCAGCCCCCAUCAGCUGCCAAGGAAACCAUGGAGACUCGGACAGAGAGAAGCACCCCUGUGUCUGCUCCCCGCUACAGGCGUGAGAGCAGCACGUCCUCAGAUAGCUCAGACAGCACGGACAGCUCCCCUCCCACCUGCCAGGUCGCCACAGAUGUCCACUACACACAAGUGGUCUUUUCAACCUCUGGAGGACUAAACAAGGAAUUUGCCCUGGACUAUGAAAACAUUAAGGAAGCUACGGAUUAUGUCAAUGUCAAUCCACAAAGCCACAAGCCUAAUUUCUGGGCAUUUUCAAAUCCUACUGUCUCUGAGCCAGUGGAAUAUACUCAAGUGGUUACAUGAAUUCUAGGUAUUUUGUAAAUAAGAUACAAAAUAUUGAUUGAUUACUGGAUUUAUUUUGUAUGGAAAUUCCUUUAAAUUAAAGAAAACAAAAAGGGUUGGGAAGAAAAAUAAGUCUGGUGUCAGCAAGAAGACUCUAGGUCAGAUGUUAGGAAGAACUCCCAAGGACA